AUGAGCCGUCCGGGCUACUUUGGCACGCCGCGGAAGGGUACGUACGAUGCACUCACAGCAGGCGAAACGUUCGAGCUCCGCGGAGACUUGAACAGCGAGUACCGCGAGCGCCGCAAGGAUGGAAUCAAGCGGGUCAUCGCGAACAUGACCGUCGGCAAGGACGUGUCCGCGCUCUUUCCCGACGUGCUCAAGAACAUGCAGACGGAAGACCUCGAGCAGAAAAAGCUCGUGUACCUGUACCUCAUGAACUAUGCCAAGACACAGCCUGAGCUCGUCAUCCUCGCGGUCAACACCUUCGUCAAGGACGCCGAAGACCCGAACCCCCUCGUGCGCGCCCUGGCCAUCCGCACCAUGGGCUGCCUGCGCGCCGAGAAGAUCAUCGACUACCUGCCCGAGCCACUCCGCCGCGCGCUCGCAGACGAGAGCCCCUACGUGCGCAAGACGGCAGUGAUCUGCGUCGCCAAGCUGUUCAGCCUCAAGCCCGAGCUCGCCCUCGAGGGCGGCUUCGUCGACCACGUCAAGAGCAUGAUCACCGACAACAACCCCAUGGUCGUCGCGAACGCGGUCGCCGCGCUCAACGAUAUCCACGAGACGGCGCAGGAGCUGCGCCUGAACGGCGAGCCCGUCUUUGUGCUCGACUCGGACGUGCUGAUGAAGCUCCUCAUCGCGCUCAACGAGUGCAGCGAGUGGGGCCGCCUCGUCCUUCUCCAAACGCUCGCGGCGUACCGCAGUGCGGACGCGCGCGAGGCUGAACACAUCUGCGAGCGUGUCAUCCCCCAGUUCCAGCACGCGAAUGGCAGCGUCGUCCUCGGCGCCGUCAAGGUCGUGCUUGUGCAUAUGGAAGCCACGGGCAAGCCCGAGUUUGUGCAGCAGCUCAUCCGGAAGAUGGCACCGCCGCUCGUGACGCUCGUGACGAGCGAGCCCGAGGUCCAGUGGGUCGCCCUGCGCAACAUCAACCUGAUCCUGCAAAAGUACCCCGAGAUCCUGCAGAACGAACUGCGCGUCUUUUUCUGCAAGUACAACGAUCCGCCGUACGUCAAGGCCGAAAAGGUCGACGUGAUGAUCAAGCUCGCGAAGGAGAGCAACGUCGAUAUGCUGCUGAGCGAGCUCAAGGAGUAUGCGACCGAAGUCGACGUCGAGUUCGUGCGCCGCGCGAUCCGCGCGAUCGGCCAGUGUGCGAUCGCCAUCGAGGCCGCCGCGGAGCGCUGCGUCUACGUGCUGCUCGAGCUGAUCGACUCGCGCGUGAACUAUGUCGUGCAGGAGGCCACCGUCGUCGUCAAGGACAUCUUCCGCAAGUACCCCCACCAGUACACCCGCAUCAUCCCCCAGCUGUGCGCGAAUAUGGACGAGAUGGACGAGCCCGAGGCCAAGGCCGCGCUCGUGUGGAUCCUCGGCGAGUACGCCGAGAAAAUCGACAAUGUCGCCGAGCAGCUCGCCGUCUUCCUCGAGCACUUUGUCGACGACGAGCCCGAGGUCCAGUUCCAGACGCUCACGGCCAUCGUCAAGCUCUUCCUCAAGAAGCCCGAGUCGGGCCUCGCGCAGAAGAUUGUGCAGGACGUGCUCGAAAAGGCCACACAGGCAUGCGACAACGCCGACCUGCGCGACCGUGCGUUUAUCUACUGGCGCCUCCUCUCGAGCGCCGACGGCGACGCGGCCCGCGCCGUGGUCCUCGCGCCAGCGCCGCCGAUCUCGAUCCCCCUGACGACCGUGUCGCGCCCCCUGCUCAACGAGCUGCUGCGCGAGAUUUCGCUCCUCUCGAGCGUGUACCACAAGCCCGCAUCGACGUUCAUUGGCCAUGGCCGCAUGGGCCUCGAGUCCAUCCAAGCACUGCGGCUGCCCAGAGCCUCGGAAGCCUGGGCGACCUGCUCGGCGACGACGCCUUCUCGACGCCGGCCAUGGCCAGCAGCGCGGCCCGUGCGCCGGCGCCGGGCGCCGCGCCGGCCGCGAUGGACGACCUCCUCGGCAUGUACGUGCGCGUGCUGA